AUGACAUUCAGUCUUCGGGUGCUGCUCUCCACCCGUGGCUACGCCACACAUGCUCGUCCCUCAAAGCUCAAGGGCACAAUGAGCCUGGAUCACUUUCUGCAGAGACAGCUCACCAUUCAUUUCUACAGGAAAAUCCUACGUGGCACAAAGGCCAUCAGGGACCCCGCGACCAAGAAGGAAUCGCGCGGCUUUGCGAGAGCCGAGUUUGAGCGCCAUCGCCAUGUCACCGACUUGUCACAUAUACGAUAUCUCCUCUCCACUGGGAAGACAGAGUGGGAGAACAUGGAGAGGUACAUAGCAAGUAUGUGA